UUCCCUUUACUAUGGUAAUAGUGACAUUCAGCGGGAAAGGCUAGCACGGCGACGGCGCCCCGGCUCCCGCAGAACGGACGCUCGGGCCGCGGAGGGGGCUGCGCUCACUCGCACCGCUGGACGCCGGGGGCGGGCGGCCGCCGCGCUCUCCCCGCCCGGCCCGGCCCCUCCGCCGCCGCCGCCGCCGCGGGGCAGCCCCCGAGCCACGGCCCCGGCUGGCGGGCGAGCUGCGGGCAGGAUCCCGGCGCUCGGGCUCUGGCGCGGGGAAAGGACAGAAACGGAGCAUCGGGAGGGACCCUGCCUCACCGCUUGUAUAUGGCAAAGUUUCUCACCGAGCUCCUGGGCUGCACGUUGCCACGCAAGGGCGCCUCUCCCAUGUUUGAGUCUAAAAGUCAUUCCCGAGUUGGCCUGAAAUCAAGCACCAAGCAAAAGACCACCAUUUUCAACACAUUGGCCAGUGAGAAGUCCUUAUCUGACUGCAAAAAGGAACAGCAAUGGAAACCUUCCAUGUAUGGCAGUAUAACUCCAGUUUGCUUUCCAAGCCCUCUGAUUGAGAAGCCAAUAGGCAAAGAAAGUAUGCCUCAGACUCCUCCCUUUUCAGCAAUGUUUGACAGCAGUGGUUACAAUCGAAACCUCUAUCAGUCUGCAGAGGACAGCUGUGGAGGGUUGUAUUACCAUGACAACAACCUCCUCUCCGGAUCCCUGGAAGCACUCAUCCAGCACUUAGUACCUAAUGUGGAUUACUAUCCAGAUAGAACAUACAUAUUUACCUUCCUACUCAGUUCUCGGUUAUUUAUGCAUCCUUAUGAGCUAAUGGCCAAAGUUUGCCACUUAUGUGUUGAGCACCAGAGACUAAGUGAUCCUGAUAGUGAUAAGAACCAGAUGAGAAAAAUUGCACCCAAAAUCCUUCAACUCCUCACGGAAUGGACGGAAACAUUUCCCUAUGAUUUUCGGGAUGAAAGAAUGAUGAGAAACUUAAAAGAUCUGGCUCACCGGAUAGCCAGUGGCGAAGAGCAGACAUACAGAAAGAAUGUCCAGCAGAUGAUGCAGUGUCUGAUCCGCAAACUUGCCGCGCUCAGCCAGUAUGAAGAAGUCCUGGCAAAAAUCAGCUCCACAUCCACAGAUCGGCUCACAGUUCUCAAGACCAAGCCACAGUCCAUACAAAGGGAUAUCAUUACUGUCUGCAAUGACCCUUACACGUUGGCCCAGCAACUGACUCAUAUAGAGCUGGAGAGGCUCAAUUAUAUUGGGCCGGAAGAAUUUGUUCAGGCGUUCGUGCAGAAGGGCCCUUUGGAUAAUGACAAGAGUUGCUACAGUGAACGGAAGAAAACACGAAACUUAGAAGCUUACGUGGAAUGGUUUAAUCGCCUCAGCUACUUGGUUGCUACAGAAAUCUGUAUGCCUGUUAAGAAAAAACACCGAGCAAGAAUGAUUGAGUAUUUCAUUGACGUAGCUCGGGAGUGUUUUAACAUUGGCAACUUCAACUCCUUGAUGGCGAUAAUCUCUGGUAUGAAUAUGAGCCCAGUCUCUCGACUAAAAAAAACUUGGGCCAAAGUGAAGACUGCAAAAUUUGACAUUCUUGAGCAUCAGAUGGACCCUUCAAGCAAUUUCUAUAAUUAUCGAACAGCUCUUCGUGGAGCAGCACAAAGGUCUUUAACUGCUCAUAGUAGUAGAGAAAAGAUUGUGAUACCAUUCUUCAGUCUCUUAAUCAAAGAUAUUUAUUUCCUCAAUGAGGGUUGUGCCAACCGCCUUCCCAAUGGCCAUGUCAAUUUUGAGAAAUUUUGGGAACUGGCCAAACAAGUGAGUGAAUUUAUGACAUGGAAACAAGUGGAGUGUCCAUUUGAGAGGGACCGGAAGAUCUUGCAGUAUCUGAUCACAGUACCAGUCUUCAGUGAAGAUGCUCUCUACUUGGCUUCUUAUGAGAGUGAAGGACCUGAAAAUCAUAUAGAGAAAGACAGGUGGAAGUCUUUAAGGUCGAGCCUCUUAGGCAGAGUUUAACACGUGGGAGCUGCCUGCCUGCUGCUGCUGCUGCUGCUGCUGCUGCUGCUUCCUGCAGAUCAUGGAGGGGCUGGCCUUUGUUUUCUGGCAUCUCAUACUCAGAACACUCAUGAAGACCCUGCAGUCAUUGGAGCACCCCGGUCAGCAAAGCAUGCAAGCUCACUCAAGACCAGAUGGAGAACUUAUUUCCUGCAGCUGACAGACUCCGAUUUUGUGAGACUGAAAUGUUCACUGAAGACACUUGAGAAAGAAUCCUCUAAAAAUCCCAGCUCUGCACAUGAUUCAUCUCCUGGAAUUUCCAUGUGAAUCACAGCUCUGCACCUGGAUGGAGUUUUCUUUUGUGUGUGUGUGUGUUCUUUUUUAUUUGGUUGAACAUUUGCUGCUAAUGGGACUUGCCCAGCUGAGUGCUGGCUCUGAGGAAGCCCAUGUUUCUUCUGUUAACUUAAAUGAAGAAGGGAGUGGAAGGAGGGGAUCUAAACCCGCGCCCCCGCAUUCCCCCCCGUUUAGAUCCCAAACCUCAGCUCAAUCAGUAUUGCCAGAGAGGGGUAAGACUGGUUGGAAGCUGACUGCGGACUUGGUUUCCCCUUAGUGUGUGCUGUGUUGUAAAUUUUUCUCCUCCCUCCUCCUACAAGAUUUUGAGUUGGCUGCUGGUUAGCAAACUCCUUUUUACCCGUAUAAGUUAUUUAAUAUAAUAAUGAAGCUCAACACUGUGGUAGGAAAAUAGCCACUAGAAAGAAAGAAAAAAAAAAGCAGAGUUUGUCAUUGGACUGCUUAACAUACUAGAAGGACUUUUUUUUUUUUUUUUUUUUUUUCCCCUUCUGAGCUGUUUACAACUGACCACUGUGUUCUACAGAUGUAUUUUUCAGUAGUUUCUUGUUACUUAGUUUUCCAUGAUGCCUUUUUUUUUCUCUUGUAAAUUUAAAUAAGCUGACUUUAAGGAUCUUGGGAAAACCCAUGGCAUAAUUACAAUUUAAUUUUUUUAACCGACUUUUCAUUAUUUUUGGGAGUCUGUUGGUAACUAAAGAUGUCAACAAAGAAUAAAUUGGAAAAGUUACCAUCCCCCCCGCCCCCCCGCUGUAGCAGUAAACAAAACAGAUGAAAAACACCUUGCUGUUAAUGGUUGAUCUAAUUGUGAAAUUGUUCACCUUGUUAAACAUCUAAGUAAGUCUGUAGUUGCUCUGCAAACAGCCAUUAUAUUUAUUUACUCUAGAAGAAACUGUAGAGUAGUAAUUCGUGCUAAUGAAAAAAAAAAUACCAUGUUCAAAACAGAUGUAUUUGAAAACUUAAUGACAUGGUUCCAAAAACUAGAGCAUGUAUGUAUGCUGUGCAUCAUCUCAGCAGACCUAAAAUAUCCCCAAGUUGUCCCUUUACAACCAUCAAUAUAUUUUACACUCUGCGGCCAGGA